AUGCUACAAUUAGCUCAAGCCGUACAAGAGUUGAUUGAAAACACACCGUAUGCCGGAGGCGUUCUGUCAUUUGCCAUGCACAUGGCGGGGGACUCUAUGGCGGCCGAACAAGUGGCUCAAAGUGCCAUUCGUAAGGGGUUUGAUGAUCCUUGGACCAUUCAUGCGGUUGCUCAUGCACUGUCGUCGCAGGGACGGGCUCACGAAUGUGCGUUGUGGUUAGAACAACACCGAGCAAAAUCCAGCAAUUGCAAUGCCUUUAUGAAAGGUCACAUGGAGUUUCAUCUCGCACUCUGCUUUAUUGAUACUUGUGAUCAAGCCAAGCUCGACACUUUGAUUGCCACCAAUUUGUGGGGCACAAUGUCGAAGGACAUGAAAGCAGAGUAUUGGAAUGCCGCAGCACUUUUGAAUGUCUUGUGGAAGGCAGAGAUUCAUAACGUCAAGCUUCUUUCCACACAAAAAUCAUCAGACUGCAUCGAAGAGGCACUGCAGAAUGUCACCGACGCCCUAUCGGGUGCCGCAAACAAGUCCAAGUCUCUUGUCUUUUCUCUCUGCAUAUUCCGAUAUACCGAAGGGUCGCAAAGAGACGAAUGGAACAAGGAACUCAUCAUAAUAUCACCCAACGACGAAUCUGAAUCUGAUGAAACACAAAAAGUGUUAUCGGCCCUUGCCAGUGCCAUUUCUAUAGUAUAUCAUCAUGGCGGAGGAGACGCAAAUGAUAAUGAUAAAUGGGAAAAGGCGGCAAAACUGAUAGCCCCAGUGGCAGAUAAACUUGAAACGUUGGGAGCGUCGCCAGAACAAAGAGAAGUAUUGGAAGACUUUGUUGGAUUGGUGGGCAUGAUGGAAGGCAACUUGAAUAGAAAGAAAUCAAAGAAUGAAAAUGAAAACACUGAUGGGAGCAUCGACCUACAAGCAUGGUAUAAUCGAAAUCAAAGGCCCAAUGUCUCAUUCUACGAGCGCAUUAUGGCUGGCAAGUAA